AUCUGAAGGUGGAGGCAGGAAUGGCGGCCUGACGCAGGCGUAUCAGCACCUUCCUCACAGUUUCCGGCGACGUCUUGGCGUUAGCAGCCAGUGCUCGGUACCCUGUCUCGUCCGGUGGCCACCUGUCUCUUGUUUACUCACAGUUGCCGUUCCCAGUCACUCCUGCCUGCUAGUUUGGACCCCGGGAGACGGGGGCGAAAAAUAAUUUGUUUUUUUUACCUUUUCACCCCCGUGGUCGAGAUGUGUGUGUGCUUAUCUGAGGCGUGAUAGGGGGAUUAUUCCCCAGGUGAGCUAGGGCUGUGUUCACCUGGUGUGCCAGGACCCAGGGGUGUGCUCACCUAGUGUGCCAGGACCCGGGGGUGUGCUCACCUAGUGUGCCAGGACCCGGGGGUGUGUUCAACUAGUGGGCCAGGACCCAGGGGUGUGCUCACCUGACGUGUACUCACCUGAGGUGUGCCGGGACCCCAGGGGGUGUGCUCACCUAGUGUGCCGGGACCCCAGGGGUGUGCUCACCUGAGGUGUGCCGGGACCCAAGGGGUGUGCUCACCUGAGGUGUGCCGGGACCCAAGGGGUGUGCUCCCCUGAGGUGUGCCGGGACCCAGGGGUGUGCUUCCCUGAGAUGUGCCGGGACUCAGAGGUGUGAUAAUUUGAGAUGUGCCAGGACUCUGACGUGCUUGCCACGGGUGUGUCGGGAUUCGGAUGUGCUGGUCUCGCGUGCCCCACGAUCCGGGUGUGCUCGUCACUCACCUGAGGCGUGGUCGCCGUGGGUGCGGCGGAUGCCAGUUUAGGCAACAAGGUGCUGAACUCUAGGGCUGUCGACCGUGUGCGUGUGAACAUGCCCAAGGGGAGCUCGUGCAAGGCUCGGGGCUGUACCUCCAACAAAACUGACAACCCUGACCUGAGCUUCCACUCCUUCCCCAAGAACAAGGAAAGAUUUAAGAUAUGGUGCGACUUGAUUAAAAGGCCCGACCUGAAUCACAGUAAAGUGAUCACAAACAGGAUGUCAAUGCGAGUCUGUUCACUACACUUUGAGGAUCGCAUGUACAUGAGCCCCAACAACAAAUCGAGACUUAUAUGGUGUGCUGUGCCCAAGCCUGUUGCAGAUGACCAGAGUCCUCCAUCAGUGUCAACAUCUUCAAAUGAAUGUGUGGACAGCAAGGCAGAUCUAGCUAGUAAAGCAGACCCUCAUGAGAAGCAGAAAGAUAUAUCAGCUUCACACGCAACAGAUUCAACACUACUGUCACAGCCUCUUCCUCUUGCUAAAGGCAGUAAGAAGUUUGACUGGUCUUUGGCUCUUGAUGAAGACGUGAUCAUUAAAGAAGAGAGUAUGAUGGAUCAAGAUAAUAAUUUGGAGCUCUCCCCUCCACCCUCACCUGAAGCAGACUCCCCAUCAAGUUUUUGUACUGAUACCAAAGAAGGCAUAAUUAAGCACGACCACACAGACACAACAGAUGAUUGUACAGAAUACAACCUUUUUCUGAGUCCUUCAGGCAAUACUUCAUCUCCUGGUUCUGCCAGUGAAGAAGAUUGCAACUCUGAACCCUUCACUCAGAAAGGUAGCAAAUGUACGAGAAAAGUGAAUUCAUCAGCAAGAGUAUCCCACCAAGUAACUGCUGACACUGGUCCCUCUUCAAAAAGUGAAUUGCCAGAACCAGUGAAAGGUGCUAUGGCAUCUGAAAUGGCCACAUUGGCUGAUGAUUACAUGCAUUCUUCAGAUGUAAACUCUAAUGUAUGCCAAACUUCUGAUAUUCCACAGAAGCCUAAAAAAGAAGUUGGGAAAACUUUGCCAGCUGAAACGUUAUCAUCUACAGAGAAUACAGAAGGUUCUGCGCUGGUGCUUUCUCAUGUGAAGGAAGAACCAGUCAGAUAUGCUGGAGCCUCAUUUGAUGAUGACACUGAGUCACAAAUAGAAACCAGCAAAUCUAUUGAAACAUUGCAACAUGCACAACUUUGCCAACCAUCAAAAAUAAUUUUUCUAGCUUCAACUAAAACUUCUGAGCAAAGUGGCAGUGAACUACUAUCAACCACAAAUGUUUUCUCAUCAAAUACUACUUGUCUAGCUACAACUAACUCCUCAGAGUCCAGCGACUCUACAUCUGCAACUACAACCAAUUCACUUCAAAAGAGCACACCAUCUGCAUCCAUUAACACCACAUCAUCAUCGGAUAUAUCUCGGACUUCUCGGCUACACGUCUCGCCUUCAUUGGCACCAUACUCUCAGUCCAACACAAAGGAAAAUUCUUCUUUGGAUGCAGGGGAAUCUAAAUUAAUCCCAGCUAAAUCUUCCAUCCAAGAAACACUAGGGACUCCAGCAGACCUAGAAAACCACUUGAAAAAACUGUCUGAUGAAACAAGUGGUGAUGAGCAGACAAUUAUGGUGGCUGAAGGUGAUUUGGCAGUUGUCAACGACAAAGAUCUUACAUGUGAGGAAGAGUGCACAUGCAGUAAAUGCCAAGAAAAGAGUGAGAAAGCUCCAUCAGCAACAACCAAACCUCCUUGUCAAGUUCAUCGUACAUAUUCUGGUCCUAUAAAAAGACAAACUGUCAAAACUAAGGGUGGUGGCAAGAGAACUUUCAUGAUUUUAAACAAGGCAUCUCUUAAGGUCCUGCAAGCCAAGGGACUCAUUCAGCCACUGAAGAAAUUUGCUGAGAGCCAACCAUCAGCAUGUGAAACUCUAUUGCCCUCAGUGCAAUCAAUGCAGAAUAAAUCAAAAAUUCAGUAUCAUUCAAUUGCUACUUCGCCUAAUGGUUCUCCUCUGUCAUUCGAAAAAGCAUCAAUGUCAGUCAAGACGUCAGGUUCAACAGCUCAAACGCCCUCCUCUAUGAAUCAGCUUAUAUCUUUAUCAAACAAAGCUCCAAGCAGUUUGCCUCAAACUCCUGUUGUUGUAACAUGGUCUGCUACUAAUGGAACAGACACCCCUUCAUUUACUUUCACCAUUCAGCUUCCACCUGGAUCAAACCAACCUUGUAGCACACCUCAGACUCCCCUUCAAAUUGUUACUCCUCCAGUGUCCAUUGGAGGUUUAGACUCUGGAUCUACUUACUCUUCUAGUCAAGUCAACAAACUUUCUUCAAAUUUAAACAAGACGUCAGGCAUUAACCAGAGUUUUGAAGGUAAAAGCCAGUCUCUGAUAUGCAAUCUUUCAAAAUCUGAAACUGGAACCACUAAAACUCAAACAAAUAUUACAGUUAUGCAAUCGAGCAGGUCUUCUUCUGGGUCUAAUAACUGUACAUAUACCAACACAGUUACAAGUGAAUCUCCUAUUAUGAGUACACAGUUUCCAUUGGUUUCCAGAGAGUCUCCUAGUGAUCAUAUUAAUAUAACUCACAGUGGAAUAGAUUUAUCUGGCAAUGAUUUGGAAGGUUCUAAUGAUUACUUAUCCUCUGGUCCUUCAAGUCCACAAAUAAAUACAGAAGAUACGGCAAUAAACCAAAAGCCUGAGAUAUUUCCUAUUGGAAUUGCUUCUGGUCCUUGUAAAAUUAGAAAAGGCGGAAUGAAAAUGUAUCGUUAUGUAAAUAUGCCAGAUGGAAGUAACAAGGCAGGACCUAAAAGUUCACAGAAUGUGAGGUGGGUUGCUCUUCCAGCUGUACCCAUAGGCAGUGGUCAGCCAUUGGUCUCAGAUGCACUCAAGACAGUUAUUAGUUCACUACAAAAUACUCGGCAAGGGACAGCGAAGACACACUCGUCUGCCGAUACCUUGUCUUCUGAUUUACGCACUGCUCUCUAUGAGGGCUUUCCAAUUGGAACUGUGGAACAUAAAGGAGGAGCUUCCAUACACCAAUCGCCUUACAAGUCUGCCAAUAGAGAACUCAAGAAAAAAUAUUCUCGCUUGCUUAAUAAGCACAGGCAAAGAUAUCAUUUACUGCUAAAGAAGUAUAAGGCAUUAGAGAACAAGUUUGCUGUAGUUGAAGAUGCUGGUACUCCAGAACAAGUUAUUAGAGAUGCUAGAAAUUUUUUAUCAGAAGAACAUGUCCUCUUUCUGGAAAGCCAGAUGUUCCUGCGAAACAGGCCAGGAACGGGAAACAGAUUUUCCAAAAAAUUUAUGAGAUUAAUGAUAGAAUAUUAUAAGCGCAGUGCUGCAGGGUAUAGAUUUCUUAGAACAAUUUUUACUAUCCCAUCAGUUAAAACAGUGCAGAAAUGGUUAAGCAAACCAUUGAACAUUAGAGAAGAUGAAGGAAAAGAUCCAUUGGCAAUACCCAUGCAGAUGGGAGAUCAUGGAGAAGUUAACAAUGGAGAAAUUUGUAUGGAGGCUUCAGGUUCUGGCUUAGGAAAAGCUCAAAGUGCAUGCAACAGUGAAAAUAGUUCCUUAGACAGGAGGAGUUAUUCUCGCAAAUUAUCUCAAGGAAGAUCAACUCCAGACGAAUCGGACAUGGAAGAAGGCUCCUCGGAGGAAUACGACUCUGAAGAAUCUGGACUUGAAGAGAUAGAAGACGAAGAAGAAGUGAUGCAGGAAAGUGAGAAUGCUAGAAAAAGAUUGCCAGGACAAAGUAGUCAAGGUUCGAAUGAACGAGACAUAACAAUUGAUUGGGAAGAAGAACCAUGGCCUCUAUAGUAAUUUAAUGAUUUAGUUUCUUUCUUUUUUUUUUUUUUUCUUUUUUUUCUUUUUUUGCAAUAUAACGUUAUGGACUGUAUUGUGAUCCUGUUUUAUACUACGUAUAAAGCCUUACUGUAAAUACCACUUUAUCAAUAGCUUGUGGAAUUAUUGUACAGCUCAAAAAUGUUUUCUAUUUUUAUAAUUGUGCUAAUAAUCAGAAAAGUUUACUUAAAAAGAAUUUUACUAAAAUUAUGCAUGUUGAGUGUGGCGUCUUGCACCACGAGACAGAUAUGCAUCUCAAGAUACCUGUAGUUGUCUUAGUGGGUGUCUGGCACCUUAAAGCAAACUUAAGUCAAGUCUGGUGUGUUGCACCUAAAGAUAUUUCAUUGCAUAACAGUACAAGUGAACUAUAAUAUAAUUUCUUUGACAUUUUCUUUUCUAAAUUUUUCUUUCGAUUUAAUAAUUGAAAGCCGAGUAUGUAAGAAAGAUUGUUUUAAUAAAUAAUUGUAUACAAA